AUACAUGAAGUGUUGAUAUCUGACACCUGCCUACUGAUAAUGCUGAAAUAGGCCAAAUUACAAACAUUAAUGUAACACCUAAUAAGGCAGAUCCUUUGUCUCUUUGGUUAUUAAAUCUUUAUUGUUUUUUAUUCUAGUUUUAAGAUGCCAUGAGGGUCAACAAUAACAACAUGUGUUGGUUGCAAAGCAGCUAUUGGUGUGGCCACCAAGACCUGCAAAUAUUGCCAAUCAGUGCAGCCAAGAAAGCAAAGACUGGCAAAAAAACUUCAGAAAUUUGAGGACAGAAAGGAGAUGUGGUUAAAAGACCAAAACAAAAACCAAACCACCUCUCAUGUUAUUGAUGAGGCAUCUGUCUUGGUGGAAAAGUUAAACACAUUGGGGUACAAGGCCAUAGUCUUUAUUGGAAAGAAAACCAAAAAGCAGAAAACCUGGUCCGCACAAGUCCUCCAGCCAAAAUGGCAGCUGUCAGACCAUUCUGAAAAAUGCCUUGACAGGAUGAAGGCUCUCUUUGAACUGUUAAUUAAUGAUUGUACUAACCAGCAGUCCACCACCACCAGUCCUCCUCCCAUCCAGCCCACCACCACCAGUCCUCCUCCCAUCCAGUCCACCACCACCAGUCCUCCUCCCAUCCAGUCCACCACCACCAGUCCUCCUCCCAUCCAGUCCACCACCAGUUCUCCCAUCCUACCCAUCACUGAACAACCUCAGCAAAAACACGAUAUGUCUGCAAGCAAUAAAAAGAAGAAGAAGAAGACUUCUGCAGCCUCAGACAUGAAAUUGAGGGGGAAAAAAAAUCACCCAGAGAAUGUAACCAUGGAAUCCCAGAAGGGGACUCUUUCUAUCCUGUGAAGAGGGUGAUCCGCUGCAAAAUGCAGAAGGGGAUCCAAAUGAAGUUGGUGGAAUGGGAGCCCUGUUCACUUUGUGGGAAAACUUGGCCGCCACAGUGGGUGACGGAGGAGAACACCACGAAUUAAGGAAAUGUUCAAUCCCAUUGUUUUGUUCCAUAAGCUAUGUGUAUGUUGUUUACAUUAUAUUAAAAGAAUUUAAAAGCC